AUGGUCGAAGUCAAGAAAUACCAUCUCCCACCGACCUCGCUGGUCCCCAACUCGCCACACGCGCUGCUCCACUACCCAGGUCUCCUACUAUCAUCAUCAUCAUCCUCUCCAACUACAACCGAUACUCCGGACGCGUCGUCGUCACACUCGAGCAUCGCGACACGGGCAUACGACCUCUUCACGUCCAACGGGUGGGACACGCAAUGGAUAUUCCGGUACGGGACCUCGCAGCGCUCGCACUACCACUCGGGCGUGCACGAGUGCAUGGCCGUGUUGACGGGGAGUGCGACGAUCCGGUUCGGAGUCGCGGACACGGUUGACGAUUUGGACGAGAGCACGUACUCACCCGGUGGGAGGGAGGCGGGGGGUGUCGAGGUCGAAGCACGCGCGGGAGACGUGUUUGUGCUCCCCGCAGGCACGGCGCAUAAGACGUUCAACGCAAUGCCGGAGGCGGAGUUCAAGUUGCUCACACCUGGGGAUGGGCAUGCUGUCGCUACUCACGGAGGACAUGGGGAAAGUAUUAAGGCUACGCUCGCCAACGUCGAGCUCUCCGGCUUCACCAUGAUCGGCGCGUACCCGAGGGGUGGAGGACAGUGGGAUUUUGCAAAGGGAGGGGAAGACGUGGGCCGUUUCGAUCGGGUGUGGGCGGUCCCAAAGCCGGAGAAUGAUCCCGUGCUGGGCAAGGCGGACGAAGGUCUUGUUGGACAGUGGCGCUAG